AUGGCAAUGAUGUCCCAAAUGACGAACCAACUUCGGGAACUUGGGGAAACACUGGAGGGCCAGCACACUGGGCUCCAGGAAUCCGUGAGCAAGAUCAUCACAAAAGAAGACUUCGCGAAUUCAAUUAAGGCUCUGCAGUACAAGCUGGAUGUGGGAUUAAACAGAAUGGAGGAACUUAGGACGAGACGCAUCGACGGAUCCGAGAACUUCAAUAGAACCUGGAAUGACUAUAAAUCUGGAUUUGGGAAUGUCAGUGGAGAAUUCUUCAUCGGACUGGAAAAAUUGCAUCGGAUGACUGAGGCACGACCCCACGAACUCUUCAUUAAACUUGGGAUGGUUAAUGGAUCCACCAGCUACGCUCAUUAUGAUGACUUUAAGAUUGGAAGUGAGGAGGAAGUGUACGAGUUGAAGAAUCUAGGGAAAUAUUCUGGUGAAGCCGGAGACUCACUCACAUACCAUAAGAACAAAAUGUUCUCUUCAUUUGAUCGGGAUAAUGACAAUUGGAAGGAAGGAAAUUGUGCCUCUAAAUUCGGUGCAUGGUGGCACAAUAACUGUUCAUUCAGUUCGCUCAAUGGAAAAUACUUGAAAGAAGGCAAAGGUUAUGGUGGAAUUAAUUGGGGCUCAUGGCAUAACGACGACUGGCAGAUAUCACUAACGUUCACUGAAAUAAUGAUAAGACCCAAGUCCUUAUGA